UGACUAAAUACUAGUUGUCUCUUUAGCCAGCCCAGCCGCAUCCCAUCGGCAGGGGAAAAGAUGAUGCACGACUCCGACGGUGUCCAAAUGGCGAGGACGCUGAAGCAUGCAGCCCUCUGCCUGAUGCUGCUGCCCCGUUUCCUCCUGGCCGCUCUAAUGCUGUGGCUCCUGGAUUUCCUGUGGAUUAGGAAAAAAGUGCUGCUGAAAAUGGGCGAGCGGCAGGGAAGCCCGGACGACCCACCGGUGUGCGUCUCCGACACAAACAAGAUGUUCACCCUGGAGUCUCUCAGGGCCGUGUGGUACGGCCAGAAAUUAGACUUUUUCAAAUCGGCACACCUUGGACACACUGCGCCUAACACCGAGGUGGUCCUGGUCCAGGAGCGGAGACGGGUCCGGAUCCUGGACUGCAUGAAAGGGAAGAGACCGCUCAUUCUUAACUUUGGGAGCUGCUCCUGACCGCCAUUCAUGACGCGCUUGGCGGCGUUUCAGCGCGUCGUGAGCCAAUACGCGGACAUUGCAGACUCUUUACUUGUAUAUAUUGAGGAAGCGCAUCCGUCGGACGGCUGGGUGAGCUCGGACGCGCCGUAUCAGAUCCCUAAACACCGCUGCUUGGAGGACAGGCUGAACGCUGCUCAGCUGAUGCUCUCCGAGGUGCCGGGGAGCAAUGUUGUGGUGGAUAAUAUGGACAACUCAUCUAACGCUGCGUACGGAGCCUACUUCGAGCGACUUUACAUUGUUAGGGAUGAGAGGGUGGUUUAUCAGGGGGGCAGGGGUCCAGAGGGAUACCGGAUUUCCGAGCUUAGAAAUUGGCUGGAGCAAUACAGGAACGAUCUGAUGAAUUCCCAAACAGCGGUGCUCCAUGUCUAGUUGGAGAUGCUGAGCUGCCUGCUGCACGUCCCAUUAUGCUUAAGUGUCCAGUCACCGUGCAAAAAUGUUCAGAUGCUGCUAUCAACUGUUAACACAUGGCACAUAAUGUUGUUUUUUUUGUUUCGUUUCAAAUGCAUAAGAUAAACAGGACUCUUCAAUAAUAGCCUACCAAGUCAUGUUCAAGCCCGUUUAGGCUAGGCUGUUAUUAUUGUGCUUUGUCUUGUCCUUGCUUAGGGAUAUUCUUUGUUUUUAUUUCUAUUUCUAUUUUUUUUUUUUUUUUCGUAUGGAGAAGUCUUAAAUCAUUUGAAACUGUGCGGAAUGUCACUUCUCCACCAGUGAAGCAGAUUCAGUUAGUGAUCACUUUAUUUUCUACAGUAUUCACGUUGUGUGUGUAUGUGCGUGUGCGUGUGCGUGCGUGCGUGCGUGUGUGCGUGCAGGCUAAUGUCUUACUCCAGUGAUCCCAUGAAGUUCGGUUUUUAAAAGGCGAAGCCAGAAAACCGAUACUGAUGUUAUUUACACUAGAGUAGGACGGUAUUAGCAGGAUGCUCUCCCCAAUGACCGAUUGCCAAACGUCCUGUAAACAAUGUAUACAUCAUUGAAUCAUUGAACAAAUGUUUUUUUUUUUUUUUGUUUGUUUGUUUGUUUUGUUUUUGUUUUUUUGUUUUUGUUUUGUUUUUUUUUUGUAAUAAAUGUGAAAUCACAUGUUGAUUUACUUUUGACUGUGAAGAUGGAAAAAACACCUCAAAGCUCUUCCCUUUUUCCCGUUUGAGAUUUCGGUCAGGUUUCAUAGUUUAUUAAUUAAUUAAUUAAUGGGAAAUAUAUGCGUUAUUUUAUGCUUAGUAUGAACUCUCAGGAUCAUAGGAAAUUGCUGUAGCUCCACCAGUAACCACUUACUGAACGUUUGUUUGUUCCUUGUUAGAUUGCGACGAAAAAAAAAAGUGUUUCUGAUUUCUCAAGUGUUUGCCUCAAAGGAUCAUGACAUCAUAUUGCUAACUAAUGAUGCACCUUUAUGCUCGCUGUCAUCAUGGAUUGUUUCUUGUUUGUUUUACCUGCUAGAACUUAUCUUUGCCUGAUUGUUUAUCCUCUUGUAACUAAAUAGUUUUUUGCUGGGCAACAACAUUGUAAUAAGGUGACAGUAUUGGCUGGCUGAGUGAAACCUGAUGUGGAAAUUCAACCCUUUAUAACAGCUUUGACAGAAGUAAAACAACAGACUUACCUCCUCCUCUGAUCUCCCCUGCCACAGUCCAGUCAGUCCUGGUCUGGGGCAACUGUGAGGGAGACGAGGUGAAAGACCCUUAGCACAUGGCGAACUAGAGUGAACUGUUUGGCCGCAGUGAUUAGCCGAUUCAUUUGUAAUUAACCCAGUUUCAGUCAUGAAACACAAAAGAUGGUGCUGGGCAGCCCCCUUUUUAUGUCAGGUUGAAAGAGAGAGAACACUGUUUAAACAUCUUGUUAUUGGCAGUUGCAGGAUGGCUUGACCUGUCAUGUUCAGCAAGUGAUAGCGAAAGGUCAGAAUUGUCAGAGUUACAUUGUUUCACAGAAAGUGAUACGAAUCAAUGCGGUACUGAGAAAUCAUAUCCAAUGUUGACAUGAUGGGAGUUUUAUAACAGUUUCCAUUUCAUUUAAUGUCAUUACCUCCCAUUGCAAGGCAGCUAAUUUGAGAGAUCAAGUCAAUUACUGAUGGAUGUUUGUAAUAUGUAACUUGAUUGUCUGAUUCAGGGGGGAAACUGAUCCCCAUGAGUGAUCACUAUAGCCUCAUAAACAAACUUGUAUUCUGUUUUGGUGGAAAUCAUUCUCAUCAAUGAUAGUUCAAGUAAAUGUGCUUGUUACAAAACA